UGCGGCUGGAGAUGCGCACGGAGUACCUUUCGGAUAGGGGACGGAGCAGCAUCAUCUGAACUCAAGCGGGGAGACCUGCCAGAGGUGGACUGAGCCCCUGUCUCAGCAGGACACGCCCUGCAGGGUAACUCACGGCCAGAGGAGCAGAGGACACAGCGGGACAUCCCGCGCCCUUACAGCGGAGCUUCAGGAGCGACGUCCUGGGGGCUCUCUCACACACACGCACACACACGCACACACACACACGCGCACGUACGAGCUGGAGGGCAGCUGAGGUCAGACGUGUGCCGGAUUCCCACAGGGGCUCUCCCCUCUGAGUGAGGAACGGGGCUAACGAGCUACCAAUGGGGGGGGGCGGGGCCUCGUUAAGGAGCUGCAGGAAACCUCGCCCCCGCUCGUCCACCUCCUGAGAAGGACGCCCCCGCCCCCCUCCAAACACCCGUCCUGUGACUCACCUCUCUCCAUCUCUGCUCUGCGGUCACACAGCAAGUCAGCCCCGCCCGCCUUCCUCGCUGCCCUGUGACUGCCCCGCCCCUGGGAAUACCCCAGCUACCCCCGCAUACAUUCUCUCUCCUCGUGGACAGAGACGGACUCUGGCAUAUGGGAAUAACCAAAGGUCGACCGCAACGUGACCGUGCCCUGACCACACCCCGGCCGUCUCAUCUGUUUUUGGCUCUCUCCUUACUCUUCUCUCUCUAAUGCCUCAUGUUUGAGUUUCGCCCCCGUUUCGCAGCCAUGGACCUCUCCCUACCCUCCCGCAGAAGGACGGUAGCCUGGUGAUCGGGCCGGGGGAGAGGGCGGAUCGCGGUCGCGGAUCCGGAAGACCAUGUCGUGGAAGAGGAAUUACUUUGCGUCGGGCAGCAGCGGGCUGCACGGCAUCUUCACGCCUAGGACCAUGACGUCCAUCGCCCCCAGCAAAGGGCUGAUCAACGAGCCAGGCCAGAACAGCUGCUUCCUCAACAGUGCGCUGCAGGUCCUCUGGCAUCUGGACAUCUUCCGCAGGAGUUUUCGCCAGCUGACCACGCACAAGUGCAUGGAGGACUCUUGCAUCUUCUGCGCUCUGAAGAGCAUCUUUGCGCAGUUCCAGUUCAGCAGUGAGAAGGUGCUGCCCUCCGAUGCCCUACGCAGUGCUUUGGCCAAGACCUUCCAGGACGAGCAGAGAUUCCAGCUAGGAAUCAUGGACGACGCGGCUGAGUGCUUUGAGAACCUGCUGAUGCGGAUCCACUUCCACAUCUCGGACGAGACGCAGGAGGACAUCUGCACCGCCAAGCACUGCAUCCCGCACCAGAAGUUCGCCAUGACGCUCUUCGAGCAGUGUGUCUGCAACAGCUGCGGAGCCACUUCAGACCCCCUGCCCUUCAUUCAGAUGGUCCACUACAUCUCCACUACGUCCCUCUGUAACCAAGCUGUCCGCAUGCUGGAGUGCCGGGAGAAGCCCACCCCAGACAUGUUCGGUGAGCUGCUCCGCACCGCCAGCACCAUGGGGGACCUGCGCAACUGUCCUAGUAACUGUGGGGAGAUGCUGCGGAUUCGGAGGGUGCUCAUGAACUCUCCGGAGAUCAUCACCAUUGGGCUGGUGUGGGACUCGGAGAACUCGGACCUGGCCGAGGACGUCAUUCACAGCCUUGGCACCUGCCUACGUCUGGGAGACCUCUUCUUCCGAGUGACGGACGACAGGGCAAAGCAGUCGGAGCUGUACCUGGUGGGCAUGGUGUGUUACUAUGGCAAGCACUACUCCACCUUCUUCUUCCAGACCAAGAUCCGCAGGUGGAUGUACUUCGACGAUGCGCACGUCAAAGAGAUCGGGCCCAGGUGGAAGGACGUGGUGUCCCGCUGCAUAAAGGGACACUACCAGCCUCUGCUGCUGCUCUACGCUGACCCCCGGGGGACACCGGUGUCAUCGCAGGACGUGCCCGCUCACCUGGACCUGCAUCACUGCAGCAAAGCCGGUUACGACAGCGAGGACUCAGGGCGGGAACCGUCCAUCUCCAGCGACACCCGCACGGACUCCUCCACAGACAGCUACACACACCGACACUCACACCCGCACCACGAGUCCAUGGCCAGCCGCUUCUCCUCCGACUCCCAGGGAACUGUCGUCUGCAGCCCCGACACUGACAGGGGGUCCCAGAGCAGCAUGGACACCUCAGGAGAGACUCUGAAAGACCAGCAGACGCCCUCCUCAGGGCGGCCGCUGGGGGCGGUGCACCACAGCCGGCCCCUGUCCUCGUCCUCCAGCUCGGGGGUGGGCAGCUCCGAGCCGGGCGUGCGGGCGCAGGACUGGGAGGACGAGAGCACCAGCAGCGAGUCCAAGUCCAGCUCCUCCGGGGGGCGCUACAGGCCCACCUGGAGGCCCCGGAGGGAGGCCCUGAACAUCGACAGCAUCUUCAGCCGAGACCGGCCGCGACAGGCGGGGCACAGCUCGCUGGGGGCCACGCCCCUGCAGGAGGAUGUGGGCGUGCAGGGCGAGGGGGUGGCGGGGGCAGGGCCAGGGGCGGGGCUAGGGCCGGCAUCCUGCGGCGGCAUGCUGGAGCGGCCCCCUCCCCCUCCCCCGCUGCGGGGCCUGGACCCCCCGCCUCGGCUCAUCCAGAGGAUGGAGAGCGGAUAUGAGAGCAGUGAGAGGAACAGCAACAGCCCUGUGAGCAUGGACAUGCUGCUGAACGAGGGCCCCCGAGCCAGCUCACACAGGGACGCGGGGGUGAAGAAGCCCCCCACCUCCGGCCCGUCCUGGCGCAGCGUCCCCAAAUCCAAGAGCAGUGGCGCCAUCCUGCAGGACCUCAGAGCCCCUUCCUGGAGCAGCAGCUACACCAACCUGGGUGAGGGGCGCAGCGAGCUGGACGAGCUUCAGGAGGAGGUGGCCCGUCGUGCCAGGCAGCAGGAGCUGCAGAGGAAGGAGGAGAAGGAGAGGGAGGCCGCCUUAGGCUUCAACCCCAAACCCAGCAAGUUCAUGGACCUGGACGAGCUGCAGCACCAGGGGAUGGGGGACAGCUUAGAGCGGUGCCUCGCGGAGGCAGACUCUCUGUUAGAGCAGUCCCUGCGUCUAGAGCAGGGGGAGGACCUGGCUGCGGCGCUGUCUGUCUGUAACCAAGCUGUGUCUAAACUAAGACUUGCCAUGCAUGAAGGCAGAGCUCAGACUCAUAGCAGGACAGUGGCUGCAGAAACCAAGCUACAAAAAUGCAUGAGGAGGGCACGAGGUCUGCAGCAGCGCGCGCAGCCGCAACCCCAACUGCCACCCCAACCGCAGGAGCACAGCCGCCCGCAGGGGCCUCCCAGUGAACAGCCUGGCUCGGUCCAAAUACUGCUGACGACCAAUCAGGAAGAGGACUGGGAAGUAGACCAGGACACCACCCAUGGCCCACCCUCUCCUCUCCAAGCCACGCCCCUCCCCCCCAGUAUAAACUUGCACCCCGACCCCCCGACCCAGAAGUCCCCCUGCACCCCCAAAUUUUCAGGGCCGGUAUGGAAGCAGGGCGAGCGGCUACCCCCUCCCCCUCUGAAAUGCCGGGACGGUGCCGAGCUCUCUAGCGUGGUCCAGGCCUCGGGGGCGCGGCCACGAGCGGUCAGCAAACACAACGCCGGUUCCUUGCCCGUGCUGCCUUCGGACCGCUUGGGGUCUGAGGGGGAGGGCUGCUCCCAGCUCCCGCCCCCGCCUCCAGCCCCGCCCCCAUCCCACCAGGGCCCCGCCCAAAUCCUGGAGCCGAGCUCUCAAAGCAGCAGAACCCCUCAACAUCCUGCACCAUCAGACCUGGAGGAACGGGGGAGUGGCUAUCCCGUGAGCCCCGCCCAUCUGACCCAACAAACCCUGCCCCAAUCCUGCCCACCUGCUCCCUCCCACUCAGGUCCCGGGCUGGCCCCAACCAUUCCCGCCCGCCAUUGGUCUUCCUGGAGCCUGGACAGACCGGACAGCGUGGUCGCGGCCUUCCACCCUCCGACCGACGCCCACCCUAGGGCGCAGCCCUUACAGGAUCACCUCUCCUCUCCUUGGGAAGCAGCCGGGCCAGGCCCCCUGGUCACGGUGGGAGGCAGGGCUGAGAACGCCACCCGUUACUACAACUCCCAGCAUGUCUUGGGCCAGGGGAGGGAGUCCCCAGAGGAGGAGCUCUCUGAGCUGGACUUCCUCUACCAGGCAAGCCUGCAGGCCACGCCCCGCCCCUCACGGGCCCAGCACAGCGCCAUCCCGCCAAUCCCGGGGAAACCAGCAGCGGCAGUGGCGGCACGGAAGGUGCUCUCUGGGGCGGCCGCACCUGGCCGCUCGAGGACCCCCACUGCGGAGAUCGAGAGGAGUGUGUAUGGAGAGCCAGACUGCGCCGACACCCCCGAGGACCAGCACAUGGCAGUGCUGAGGCGGGAGUUUUGGGAUGGGGACGAGGGGCCUUACAGUGCUGAAAACCUGCGGCGGGUCUCUCGCAGUCUGAGUGGAACAGUCGUAGGGGGCCGCCCUGAACGCCUCGCUCUCUCCCGCAGCUUUGAAGUCACCAGGAGGUCUCGGAGUUUCUGGCUGUGCCUGACGGGGGUGAAGCUCUCCCCGGUGAAGAGCACCACAGUGCUGCACUGAGCGACAGCACUCUGCUGCGGGCACCUUACCGGGCAGCCCAGGGGUCCUCGCUCUGCAAGGACAGGAAGGUUCUGGCGGGUCCUUUGGGCGCAGGUCGGCUACACCAACCCUAUCCUCCCUGUGUCAGUCGGAGAGCUCCCCCUGACAGGCACGACAGUGCCACUUAUGGGCAGUUCAGCGGGACGGGGAGAACUCCUGGCCCCCUCCAGCCGUCCCCAAACCCCUGUCUGCAGCACCCCUCCGCCCCGCACCUCCGACUGCUCGUUGCCCCUGAGACAGGCUGGAGAAACCGCGGCUCCAUGGAGACCCAGCCAGACAGCUGAUGGCUGGGGGCCCCCCCUGCCCAGCCUGGCCCGGCCUGUGGAGCCCUCUCACACCACUGCUCCUCUUGUGAGGUGUUAAGGGGCCACACCCCUGUCCUACCUGCUGAUCUCCCUUGUCUCCAUCACUGUAACCAGCCUCCAGCGUAAUCCUCUCUCUCUCCCUCUCUCUCACCCUUUUCCUCGCAUUCCGUCUCUUCCCCUGGGUCUCUGUAGCUCUUUCUUCCCUCUCUCUUUCCCCCUCACUCG